AUGUUACAUGAUUAAAUUUCUAAUGUAGGCAUUUGGUUAGAAUAAUUAAAGAAUGGAGGAGAGUUCUAUAGCAGAAAUAAAAUAAAUAACAAAGAAUUACGUCUAUAAUAUAUUGUGAUUGAUAAAUUGGAAAACCUAUCAUUUCCUCCUGAAAUCGAUGCCUAUGAAACGUAGCUUAAGUUAAGAAUGUCAGCUACAAUAUAUGAUACAAAAACAGAAUAAUUUAUAUCCAAUACAUAUAAGAGUCCUUAUCUAACAAUAUUUCUGACUGAUCUUGUUAAUAUGGCAGAUAAUCCAGAUGAUGGAGAGUUAAAUGAAAAUGAAAUUCCCCAAAAAAAGUAAACAAGAAAUUAACCAAAAUUGAGAAGUGGAUAAGCAAUCACAAGAUAUCAACAUGCUGCUGUUUGGGUAGCUUUCAUCAUGAACAAAGCUUAAUAUCUAAAGGAGUACAAAUUAGCUGUUGAGUUUACACUUUCAUAAUAUAGCAAUAAAACAAAAUUGACAACUACUUUCAAGACGCUUGGUUAUGCUAUAAUAGAUUUAUCUGCAAAGAUAACAUUUGCAGAUUUAUACGCUGGGAGUGUAAGAGAUCUAACAAAUAGUUUCUAUAUCAGAGAAUAAAAGCAAAUCAAACCUAUUCAAGUUAGUUAUAAAUGGAAGAACUUUAAACAUGUCCCAACACCAUUAAUGAAAUUGAUAGGUCCAUUUUUAUUGUUUGGUUAUGAUGAUACAGUUGUUGGUUUGAGAGGAACUAAAUUACCACCAAUAGUUAAUGAUUUAAAAUAUUUGGAAUUAGAUGAAGCCUUAAAUUUAUCAUUUCCAAAGUGUAAAAUUUAUAUCCAUUAGAUUGUUGAUUUAGAAAUAUUAAAUUACAUUAAACAAAAGUAAUAAGAAAUACAAUAGGUUAAUGAAAAAGACUCUGAUACUAUUAAGAUCACUAAAGCCAAAACUAAAUUAAUACCAUUUUGUCAUAAUGGUUGGAGAGAUGUUAAUGAAUUCGGAUUUGAAAACAUUUACAUCUUAAGUGAAGUUGAAAGGAAUGAGAAAUUUAUAGUAUACACCAUCGAAAAGCCAAUUAGAGCUGAUAGAAUAUAUAAAGAUUCGGCUGUAAUCUUUCAAUUAGUUUAUCAAUAUGAUGUUGAAGUUGUGGAAAUUUAACAAGAUCCAAUUGAGGUUAAUGUUGGGUGGUUUGCUUUGACACCUAAUGAUUGCACUAAGGCUAAUGAAAAAUUAAAAUUGCAAAUACAUGGAGAUAGAAAAUCAUUCAAUUCAAAGAAGUGGUAUGCAAAAUUGACUCCGAAAUCACCAGGAGAAGCAAUUAUUACAUAUGACUUUGUCUAUUUUGAAUAAAAGUAAGAAAAGAAAGGUAAUUAAUAAAAUAAAUAAAAAAAACAACUUUAAAAGUUAAUUGAUCCAAGUACUUUAAAAGGGCGUUUAAUUGAAUUAUCAAUAAAGAAGAAAAAUGAAAGUAUAUACAAUUUUUACUAACAUAGUUAAAACUGGACUUGCUCGAGAAGAAAACAUCAUGAGACAAAAUAAAUUAAUCGCUGAUCUUUUUACAAUUAAAUAAAAUACAACAAAUCUUAUUACAGGUAUGAUCAAUUAAAAUUCCUAUGUCUAAUCGAACACAUAAGUUUUACUACAUGAAUUCCAAGGAUUAUUGGAAGUUGGUAUCAAGAAUUUUGAAUUGGCAAAAGAAAAAUAUUAACUGGAAGAAUAAAGACUGUUAAAUUUUAGAAAAAGAAAAGAAAAAUUAGAUUUGUUGUAAAAUUUUUUAACCGAAGACCUAAAACAUAAAUUUGAUAAGUGGUAGUAUGAAUAACCUCAUCAUCCAAAUCUAGAAAUAUGCUAUAGAAGUAUUAUUUCACUUUUAAUAUUAGGCACUCUAUUGGAUUUUUAUUUAUAGGUUGGAUUUGGUCAUAGGGAUCUGCCUGCUAGUAGAUAGGUUUAAAUAACUUUGGAAGAAUCAAAAACAUAGCUAAAUUUGAAGAUUACCCUUCUUUUAACUUCUUAUAAAUUUGUCUUAAAAAUCAAUUCUCCUAUUAAAGAAGAUUUUGUUCUACAACCUAUCUAUUUAUUUGAUAAUUACUGUCCAACAUCGCUAUUAUUUAGAAUUCAUAUACUAGGAUAGGAAGAUGAGAUUAAAAGUCACAAAGCAAAAAACUAAAAAGAAUUUGAAAGAUGGAUGUCAGAUAGAAUGUACAUGCAUUUAGAAUUUAAGAAAGUUAUAAAAGAUUAAAAUCUUGCUAAUAAAAUUGCCAUCAUUGAGAUUUGGAAUGAAAGUUCAAUUACAAUUUUAGGAAGAUGUUUUGUACCAUUAUUCUAAGAUUCUAUCAUGUUUCAAGAAUCCUCCAUUGUUUGUUCUCAUUAUAAGGAGUGCGAUGUUAUUUCUUACGACGGGAAUUACAUCAUCGGACAACUUGAUAUUGGUGUUUUAGUUUAAUAUACAGAUGAUGAAAUUAAAACAGAUAUCAACUUUUAAGAAAAACCCAAAGAAAUCUUAGUCGUUGACAAGCCUUAACACGAUACUUAAAGAACUGAGAAUGAAACCAAAUCUAAACCAAUUCCUCAGCCUUAGGAAUAUCAUGAUAUCAUUAGGAUUUAUUAUUCUGGUGAAGAGGAAACUAAAGUUGUAGUAAAUAAUCCAAUAAUGCUUAAUCCACAUUUUUUAAAGUAUAUUCUUAAUUGUAUAGUUAGAUAUAUUAAAACAUUAAAAAUAGUUGGGGAUCCUGCAGUUAAAUUAGAUUACUACAAUGAUUAUGAAAUCCAUUUUAAAUGCAGUAUUUAUGAUGUAGCAGAGACUUUUUUAGUAUUAUUCGACCAUGAUAGGGAAAGUAUACUUCAAGUCUAUAGAUUUGUAAUUUAUAAAUGCUAAUCAAUCACGUAUAACGAUUUUGUUGGAAGACUAUGCAAUUUAAAUAUACCUUAUGAAACAAAUUUAGCAGAGAAAAUCGAAGUAGUACCUGCCAAUCCUUUUCUAAUUAGACCAAAAUUAGACGAUAUGCCAGUUAUUAAAGAUUCUUUAUUUUAUAUUCCUGUUCAAUGUUUAGCAAUAGAAUCAUAUUUUUUAACAACCAGAUUUACCAUAUAAUAAGGUGAUAGUAUGGAAACUCGAUUAAUACAUUUUAAACCUAAAGAUAACAAAGUUUCUCAACUCUUUAAUCUUGAUUGCCCGAGAAAUUAAGAAAAAUAAGAGUAAGUUCUUUAUUAAAAUCGAUCAGAUAAGGCCAUCUUCUUAUAAAUUACUUCAUCCAAUUCUGCUCUUUAACUUAUAACUCACACUUUGAAAUUAGAACCAUAUUAGUCGGCCCCAAUUUAGUUUAUAUUAAAAAGGUAUGGCUACACAAAAAAAUAAUAAAUAAAACUUUAUCUAACAAAUUUAGAAUGCGAUUAUAAGGAUUGUUUGAUGUUCAAAAUCAAUUAUUAUUGA